AUGACAAGGCAACACAACGCCGAGAUCCAAGAACUGCAGCAGCUGUUGCAAACCACGCGUUACCGCAUGGGAGACCAGAUGGCCAAGUUUGCGUCUACAUCUGCCAUUCCACCGCAAGCCACAGCCUCUCUACAUCCAUCGCACCAUAUGCUUCAGGAGAUGCACUUGCAUAACGAACGUCUCUCGGCGUCAAUGAAAGCCUUGUCUCCGCGACGCCGAGGUGGCGGUGGGGGCGGCGGCAGCAAUAGUAGUGGUGGUGGUGGUGGUGGUUGUGCAGCGGAAGAUUUUUCUGCUGGACCCUGGUCUCUGCCGCCGCCAGUGACUGCGCCUAUGUCGCCAUUCCGCCGCGGAGGAGGUCAGGCGCCGUAUGGGCAUUCCGCGUCGUCGUGGACGGUAUACGGUAGUGUGUUCGACGCCCCUGCGUAUGUCGCCGCGCAACAACAACAACAACAACAUCAGCACCUUCACCAGGGACACGGCGCAGCGAUGGCUGCGAAUCUGGCCCAACAGCAUAUGAGGCGGAAACGGCCUCCGCCUGCGCCACCCGGUUACGUUCACGUCUCACACCCGGGUGACACUUACAUCUGAAUCCUUCGUCCUCGUUACAUUUGUGUCCCCUUUUUACCGGAUAUCGGCUCUGAAAAAUUUCGCUUGCGUGAAAGAUAUCGCCCGCGCGGUACAUGAUCUCAGCGAUUCGAUUGAUGAGGGAGAAAGAAUGGCUGGAAUUCCGUCGUGGAUCGAUUUUUCGAUCUUAAUAGGAAUGUUCAACUUGAGAGAUGUUCAGCGUAAUUGUGUGAAUCUUCAGGGUCGCAAUUUCUAGAUUACUACCCGAAAUUUCCGACACCAGCGUGUGAAUCUUAUAAUUUUAUUUCAGGAAAAUGCUGCUAGCAUUUCUCAUCUUGCUGAGGCUCUCAUUCCACGUUUUGUCCAGCUUUCAGGUACAUUAUCUGUGCGUAUACAGUUACGCUUAAGUGCAAUUAUUUUGUUGUUGGGUAAAUUGCAAUCUUGAAUCAAACACGCGUGUUGAAGCAAUUUUCUUAUCGGAUGUAUGUUAUUAAAUGUUUCCCCGUUAAGGCAGUGUAGCGAUAAUACCGAGUAAAUGCUGCUGAAUGUGACCCCAUCCUUGUUUUUAUCGUUUGAUGAACUCGGACUUCAGCGUCUGACUGGGAGAAAUGAAUUACGGUACAGUACAAUAAUUCUUCUUGAAAGAAGAGAAGCGACUGGCGACAUCUUCAGGUGUUUUGGUACUUGAAAUUCUAACAAAAUUGGUGCCGCUCCAAAUAAAAACUUGGAGUGGAUCUGCGAAUGAUGAUUGAUUUGUUUAGGAAUCGCGGUUGUUUUUUUUCUCUCGAAAAUCCCGAGCAAUAUUGAUUUGCUUUCGUUAAGCUACUUGCAAUGUUUUGUUGUUGUAUUAGUUGAGAAGUACUUCGUCAGAUUUUCCAUUCGCAUCGUUGGGAGCCCCGCAUUCCAAGGGAGGCUCCCAACUGCGUCGUUCCUGUGGCAUUUCUGCGCGUAUAUUGUGGGAAAGUUGUAAUAUUGAUCAAACGAGGAGAAAGAAUGAAAUGACGUGCAAAGCAUUCCGUCCUUACCGUGGUAACCCGAAAUAUCCCGAUGCGUUCGUUCAGCAUUUCGUGAAAAGUGGAUUCUUUCAACGACAAAAAUUUCCACCGUCGCUAUAAGUUCGGACAGUAUUUCUUAGACAAAUCGUUUAUUUUUAUACGAUGGCGUGUCUGGAACGGAACAGUUUUUUUUUUUUUUUUUUUU